GCCAUUUGCAGUGGCUCAGUUAAAACGCGGGCCCCGUAUUCACCGCCCCUUGCCGCCGCUUAUAAAAUUACAUACUAAUAAUAAUAUAGUGGAUGUGUUGUGUUCGGAUUUUGUAAACAUGGUCGAAUGAUAUCUGAGCGGCACUGUAAUGUCCGCAACCGAGCUCGCCGCAUCCCUAACAGAAGAUGUUUAAAUGCAUUUGGAAGACUACAUUAUUCUUUUUAUUAUGGCUAUGCAAUGACGUGGCAUCUAAAAGGAAUCAUACAUUAAAACCACGAGUAGUGCUACCGGAGACGUACGUAAAAGAAAUGAGGCCUCCAUCUCGUAAGGGCCAGCCAGUGACCGUGGAGUUCAGUAUAUACGUGGUGGAUGUUAAUUCUAUUAAUGUGGAAGACAUGGAUUUUAGAGUGGACAUGUUCAUCAGACAGACUUGGUUGGAAAGUAGACUGCAGCUGCCUGACGACAUCUUUGAAGAAGGCGACGACCACGUGACCUUACCCCCAGAGUUUUUCGACAAUCUGUGGCACCCAGACCCUUACUUCCUUAACUCCAAAGUGACAGAGAUAGCUGAGCUCACCCACAAAUUCUCAUCAGUGACCCUCUACAGGAACCAAACUGUGAGGUACGCGGCGCGAAUGCAUGCCAUCAUCGCUUGCCAGAUGGAAUUUCAACUCUACCCUAUGGACAUACAGUCGUGUCCGAUUUACAUAGAGAGCUUUUCAUACAGUAAUCAAAAAGUGCGAUUCAAAUGGAGUGAAGCAGGGGUGACUAUUAACCCUGAAUUAAAACUGCUCCAGUACCACAUCGGAGAACCGCUCAGACUGGAAGAAACUAAUGGGUUAAUGAUUGAUAAAGAGGGAAAUUUCUCAAGACUAGUAGUGUACUUCAGGUUUGAGCGGCAAAUUGGUCACCACCUAAUCCAGACCUUCGCACCUUCCUCUCUUGUCGUUAUGCUCUCUUGGUUCAGCUUUUGGCUGGAUCUAGAUGCAGUGCCAGGGCGAGUGACCUUACUGGUAACUUGUAUGUUGACGCUGGUCACUAUGUUCACGGGAUUGCGAGCUGAUAUACCACCAGUUGCAUAUGUUAAGGCACUUGACCUUUGGAUGGCUGGAUGUAUGAUGUUCGUAUUCGCCGCACUGGGAGAGUUUGUGGUAGUAAAAGUGUUAGAUAAGCAGUACCAGAUGAACAAGUCAAAAGCACAAGAAAGUAUGCCCAGGAUCAUACCUGUGCGCAUCAAUGGUGAAAAGGGGUCCUGUGGUACCGUAGCCGCUUGGGAGGGUUCAGGUGUUAGGUGUCGAAAGGUUGAUUUGACGUCUCCCGCCUCACCGCAGGGCACGACGCCCACCGUGCACUCGCCCGCUGCACCAACGCAUCUCGUUGGAGUGGAAAGAAGGCAGAGUAUAUUACAAGUCGCUUGGUUGGACGCAGACACUGGUCAAGAAAGGGUAUUAUGGCGCGAAAUUGAUAAACUAUCGCGUGUGGUGUUUCCCGCCUUAUUUCUUCUGUUCGUCACCAUGUAUUGGCCCGUCCUUCUUCUUAAAACCAAAAGCUCUUCAUACUGAAUUCAUAAUGGAUAAAACGAGGGCUUUGUUGAAUGUCUAUUGUCAUUUGCCAAUAUUGUUGUAGAACGGUAGACUUAGAUAUAUUUCUCAUUGUUCACUAAUUUACUCAAUAAACUAAUAUAAUGCUGUCUCAGGUUAUACACAAGAAAAGAAAGGGACACAAAUUUAAAACCCAGGUAGCGUCAUUGAUAAUUCGAACCAAAUCUGGUUUCUUCACGCAUAAACGUCAUGAUCGAUUGCGGAAAACGUCUUUAACAUGAAUUUUCUAACUUAUUAAUAACUAAUUAAGAAUUAAUUCGAACCAAAAUUGUUUCGUCCAAACUAAAUGGAUAAACGAUAGAUUUAGGAAAAUUAUAAUUAUUUGGUACUAAACUAAUUUUUUAAAACCGUAAGCACAAUUUUAUUUAAAUUUGUUAUUAUGACUUAUUGUUUCUAUAUUUUAAAGAAUUUUAUUGACGUUUUAUGUAAUAUUAAGUUUUACUAUAGUUAAAAUCUGUGAAACAUUAGUUUUAUUGGAUGAUGACAUUUAAAUAAUUAAAGAAAACUCUAAAAUAGAAUGGGCACAUGUAAUAAAAUUAAUAUAUUAUGUUAUUACUAUUGAUUUAUUAGCAUUAGUUUAAACGCACAUUUUCCCAAAUGAAAGCUGUGAUAAAAUUUCACAAACAAUGUAACAGUGAUUUCUAUAUUCGAUUAGUCAAAAAAUCAUAGCGAAUAUUAAAUCAAUAUUAAAAAAAAACAUAAAAAUUACUAAUUAUAUAAAGUACAUUUAGAAUAAAUGUAUGGUCAUCUAUGAAAUGAAGAUGAACCUAUUUUAAAGUUAUUUAGAAUAACUCCAUGUUCGUUUUUAAUGCCAACAAUUCAUUAAAUUGAGCAAAUAUAAUUCAAAAUUUGUAAUACAGAAGCUUUUGUAUAGGAAAUUAAAUAAAAUGCUUCACGAUAUCUUCAGUUAUUUUAACAAUAAGCACCCGAGUGCCAUUAAUUAAUCAUAUUUUAGAAAUGCCUAGUUAUCAAUUUUAAUCCUACAUUUGAAUAAAACUUUCAUUAAUGAAAAUAACGAUUCGGUACAAAAACCAACCGUUCAGAAUUCCAAAGUAAGUUUCUUUCGAAGAUUUAUGUAAUAAUUAAAGUUUAAUUAAAGUUAAAUGCUUAUUAAAAUAGAACACCAACGUAUCACUCAGCUUUAAAUAAUUGUGAUAAUUUAAUUUAUAUCGUGUUUUAUGUAUUUAUAGAUAACCCGCCAAUUGGUGACGUCAUACCAUAUACAUGAUUUAAACAUCGUUAUUUAGUCGGAUUAUAAUAUCUCCUGCAUUUAUUAUUAUGUAUGUACAACUGUACCUCCGAUAAAGUAGUGUAAUAAAAGGAAUAACGUAAAUAGAAUCGUGUGAGCCGAUGAAAUCGUGACUUCAAAGUGCUCAUAGCUAAAUUGUAUAUUCAUU